GCAGUAGCGUCUAAGCGGUUGCUAGGGGAGCAGUGGCCCUAGUGAUGGAGCCGGAAUGAAUUCAAGAGGGCAGGAUGCCGCACAAGAUUGGGUUUAUUGUUAUAAGCUCAUCAGGACAUGAGGAUGGCUUCAGUGCGAAAGAACUGAUGGUCCACGCGCCAACCGUCAACGGAUGGAGGUCACCAAGGCUCUGCCAGUAUCCCCAAGAAAUCGUCCUUCAGAUGGUGGAGCGAUGUAGAAUUCGAAAACUGCAAUUGCUAGCUCACCAGUACAUGAUCUCCAGCAAAAUUGAAUUCUAUAUCAGCGAGAGCCUGCCUGAGUAUUUUGCCCCGUACAAGUCGGAGAGGUUCCGAAGGCUGGGUUAUGUGUCUCUCUCAGAUAACGAGAAGACCGGCUACAAAGCUCGCGAACUGAAAUCGGUCUACGUGGAUGCCGUUGGCCAGUACCUGAAGUUGACAUUCCACAAAAACUAUGUCAAUAGGUACAACUUGUACAGUCAGGUUGCCCUCGUAGCAAUAAAUAUCAUCGGAGAACCUGCAGACCUCAGCAAUGACACCAGCCAUUCUUCCAGGGAGAAGCUGAUUGACCACUACCUUGGGAACAAUCCAGAGGACUCAGCCCUAGAUGGAACAUACAGUGGGAAGCCAGAUGCAAUUUCACCGCUGGACGACCUGGCUUUCGACAUGUACCAGGAUCCGGAGGUGGCCCAGAUAAUCCGUAAGCUGGAUGAGAAGAAAUACGAAGCGGUGCGCCAGGAACACUAUGAUCACGCCAAGAAACUCAAGCAAGCCAUUGCGGACCUGCAGAAGGUGGGCGAGCGGCUGGGCCGCUACGAGGUGGAGAAGCGCUGCGCCGUGGAGCGGGAGGACUACGACCUCGCCAAGCAGAAGAAGCAGCAGAUGGAGGAGUACCGCCUGAAGGUGUACCAGCAGCUGGAACUGCACAACCUCCUCGACCCAGAUCUGAUGAUCCGGCGGCCUCCCGAUUUGCCCCUCGAGCCGCUGGCCUAUCCUGCCACCUCUCCUCUGCAAAAGAAGCCCCUGCUUUCACCCCUGCGGGACAAAACCGAAGCGGAAACCUUGGAGCCGUCGCCUCCCGAAAAGCCGCCCGAAGCCACUUCUCCUGAGCUCGUCGCUUCCCAGCCCUCCUCUCCCCCCGCCGCCCAAGGGCCCCCCGUCUCGGCCGAGGCUUUUCCAAAGAUCAAUGUCGAGUUCCUGCCCUACGACGAGAGGCCUCUCCCGACUACCCGCAAGCAGCAGGAGGAAGGCUCGGCCUACCUGGAUCCCGAGAUGAACGAGGAGGAGCCCGGCGACACGCCGAGAAGCGGCAUCGUCGGGGAGCCGGAGCCGCUGACGGAGAAAGCGCUGAGGGAGGCCAGCGCUGCCAUCGACGUGUUUGGGGAAGGCCUGGUCGCCGGAGCCUAUUCCAAAACGUGGUCCUACCGCGAAGACUCGUUGCUCGCGAUCUAUAAGAAGAUGAUGGAGAUUUCCGCGAAUACGCCGAAGGAGGACCUGAAGAACCUGCUCCGGGGUGCCAUCUUUCUUGUCAUCAGAGCCAUAAAAGACAUUGUCUCCUCAGUUUUCCAAGCUUCCUUAAAGCUCCUGAAAAUGAUCGUCACGCAGUACAUCCCCAAGCAUAAGCUUGGGAAGCAGGAGACGGCGCACUGCGUGGAAAGGACCCUCCCCAACCUGCUCUCCAGGACGGGAGAUUCCUCCGCCCGCCUUCGUGUUGCAGCCGCCAACUUCAUCCAGGAAAUGGCCCUCUGUAACGAAGUGAAGCCCCUCCAGAUUAUACCCGCUCACCUGGUGCAGCCCCUCAAGCCAAACGCGCCCACGCACCUCGCGAUGAGCCAGGUGGAGCUGGUGGAGCGCUUGCUGAAAGACCUCGGAACGGACGGUACCGGCUUCACGGUCGACAACAUCAUGCGGUUUGCAACAGGAGCUCUGGAGCACAGAGUCUACGAGGUCCGGGAAACGGCCCUCCGGAUCAUCUUGGACAUGUACCGGCAGCACCGAGCCGUCAUCUUGGAUUACCUUCCGCCGGACGACGCCAACACACGCAAGAACGUGCUGUACAAGACGCUCUUUGACGGGUUCGCUAAAAUCGACGGCAGACUCACCGAGGCGGAAACCAGGGCCCAGAAAAAGAUGGCUACCGAAGAAGCCGAAAAACAAAAGAAAGAUGAAAUCAAAGCCUUGCAAGGUCAGCUGGCCGCUCUGAAGGAGAUGCAAACGGAGGCUCAGGCAGCAAAGGAAAAAGAGAGUGAUUUGCAAAAACUCAGGAAUCAAGGUGAAACCUUCAAAAAAGCCCCGCAGCCUGGGACAACGGAAAUUCCCGAUGAUCAUUCCUCCGUUGCAAACUACCUUGACAACCUCUGUAUUUUCUGCGGUGAAAGAGAUGAAUCCUUCACAGAGGAGGGACUGGAUCUCCACUACUGGAAACACUGCCCCAUGCUAACGAGAUGCGACUUCUGCAAACAGGUGGUUGAGAUCGCCAGCGUGACCGAGCACUUGCUGACUGAGUGCGACAAGAAGGACAACUUUGGCAAGUGUCCGCGCUGCUGCGAAGCUCUGCCGAAGGACGAGCUGCCCAGACAUGUCAAGGGGAAGGCCUGCAACCCUGCCAAACCUGAGAAAGUGGCCAAUCACUGUCCGUUGUGCCAUGAGAAUUUUACACCUGGAGAGGAGGCCUGGAAGGUGCACCUGAUGGGUAAAGACGGCUGCCGCAUGAACCUGAGGCGGGCGCACUCGUUGAACAAGAGCUUGCCGACGCAAUCCGUGGCCGGCAGGCCUUCCGCCACGGCGCUCAACCGAUCCGGCCCGACGGGCGUGAAGCUGCGUUCCCCCUCCGUCGGAAGCAAGAUCCCCACCCCGCGCGGAGGCAUGAAUAAAAGCAGUGGCAGAACGUACGCAAAGCGAUGACGCGGAUCUCUUCUUCCCUUCGGCUCUGCCGCCGGCCACACGCAAUGUCUCCUCCUCUGCCGUUCCGCUUGCAGGCGGAGGCGGCCCGCCCUUUUCCUUGCCCGAGCGACAGGCGCCCGAUGGUUGGCCCAUCGCCUUUCUCUAUUUAUGAUCCUUUGGUUUUAAAUGAUUGCUCCUCUCUGCCCCAUGGAUCACGCCGGGGCUUUUGCAGGGGGACGUUGUGCAUCGAAAGCUCCGCCUGGCCUUCCAGGGGCUUUAAGCCGGCGGGAUCGCCUUGGCCGGCCGGCCCGAGUUCUCAAAGCACAAAGCAGCCUGCAGUCCUACUCGGAUGGCGGAAGCGAGGAAGGAGGCAAGCCAGCCGCGCCUGUUGGCUUCCUCUGACCUCCGGUUCGUUUUCUCUGCACUCAGGCUCGAGGGCCUCGUGCGGUUUGUCUGGUUUGAAGGGAUCUGGAGUGAUCGGUUUCUCCCAAACACGUUCUCAGGAGUCUUUCCCCAGGCAGAGCGAAUGACAAUCUAGACACGGCUUGUGGGAGGAGGGAGGUUCACAAGGUGUAUCGCGCACGGGAGGUUGGUCUGUGUUUUUGUGUUGCUGUCACGGGGCGCCUGUUGGUUUCCACAGCAGAGCUUCUGAGGGAAUUGUGUCCCACAGGUCUGAUCGGUUUGCCUCCCGCCCUCCCGCCCUGCUGCGCAAUGGUAGGCCCCCUUCAGCUUGCCUUUGUAGCAGGGCCAUCGCUAUUCCGUGUUUAUAACUAGACAGAAACGUAGUUUUUUGAACAGCAAGGCUCACCCUCAUGGGCCACUUUGCGCAGUUCAACGGGACCUUCCCCACCCACCCCUAUUCCUUGCGUUCUGUGUAAUUGUGCUGACCCGAUAUCGCCCGCCACCCUGCAUCGCCGGUUCAGCUACUGUGAAAGAUCGCUAAAGGCCAAUAAAGAGUUGGCCUGAGAAGAACCGGGACACACCGCCAGCACGGGCACGUGGUGCAGCUUUGGCUUGCUCCUACCAUUUCACCUUGCUAGUGGAGGGGAGCAUGUCUGAAUGCUUGCGUUUAGCAAAACGAGGAUGUCCGUUGGCCGAGCUUUCCCCCACCAGAUCCUGACUGGGAAUGAUCAGUGUUGUAGCCCCACACAACUGGAGAGCACCAGGUUGGGGAAGACCAGACUCAGGUUUUUGUGUACAGGACAUCUUUGUGUUGAUCUUAAUGCCAAGUUUGCUCAGGAUUACUGGUCUUUCCUGCGAUAUGUGGCUACAUGGGGAGCAUUGGGUGUGUUCUACUCUUGUUCAUGUGGGUCAAGGGCUCGGCCAGUGUGCCAUAUAAAUUGAGCAGAUGCCAUAAAAAGGUCUUGCUAAACCUGGUGCUUUCCAGAUGUGUUGAACUGCAACUCCCAGAAUCCCCCAGCCAGCCAUGUGUCCCAUAAGGCCGUCCUAACGUUUGCCCCAGAAUUCUGAGCGACGCACAAAUCGAUGCGGAAAAAGCUCCCUGGCCACGCCAAGUGUAAAAACUCCUAGAUGGGGCAAUUGGAAAUCCUGAAUGGCCCCAAGAUAAUAAUGAAGAAGAGAAAAGGUUUGGUUUCUAUCCCAUCCUCCCAACCCCCCUUUUUUUUUUAAAAAAAAAAAAAUGAGCUAAAAAUGAGGAGCUUUAUAGAAUCCUGUUUUUCUUACCUUCUGCUAAGAUGCAUAAUGGCUAAAGUAAUAUCCACAGGCUUUUGGAUUGCACAGAAUUCUUCAGCAUGUAGAAACGCUUGAUCAUGUAGUAUGCUGAUCCCUUGUCAAUUUCACCUUGUUUUUGACCUUGAACCUGCAGAGGGGUUGCAGAUGUGAAGGCAGGAGCAGGGCAGCUUGUUGCUUCAAUGUUUUAAAACUAUAAUGGGCCCUGUGUGCAGCCUCGCUGGGUCCACGCUGCUUCUGAUGGGGAUUCUUCUCCCUUUGCCUCUGUCCCAAGCCCUGCUAGAGCAAGGCCAAAGCAAAAUGGAGGCAGGUUGAAAUUGACCCACCCUUAAGAACUUCACCCUGUUGUUUUGCCUUCUCCUUCCAAGAGGGAAGAGCGCCACGGAAAAAGAGGUCUAGCAAAGCUUUCACAGUAGUAGCUGGAAGGAAAUUGAGUUAAAGGGAGAAUGACUCUUCCCUACUCCAGAGCAGCGGCAAAAGCCGUGUUGGAGGCAGGCACGGUUUGCAGGGAACCAGCUGGCUGGCUGAAUUCCACCCAGAAACAGCAGGCGCUCUAGCUAAGGGGAGACGAGUGGAUGACGUUCUCUCGCCAUAAUAAUGACCCCUUCUGAAGAAGGCCGUCCUUUACGUGCAGGUUCCAUGCGUUAAACAGUUAACACUGAAUCAGGCCAGUGCUUGAAUAGAUUUAGGCAAAAAGCCAACAACUUCUUUCGGUGUUGCCUGGAAGCACGCAGGAUUUACUUGGAAGUAGAUCCAUUGAAGUUCACUGAGCCUCCUUCCAAGCAAGCGCGCAUAGAGUCGCAGCCUUAAAGGUGUUUUGCAGGUGUUCCUUUUAGGCCACCACAGAUGAGAGCUAGAACAGCCCGGUUGGGUUAAAAACAGCAGUUCUUUUACAGCCUUUAUUAAAACUGUUUUGAAGGCCGCCCACGUUUUUUCCCUUUCGUUCUCACCGCUCCUGUGAGGGACCUUUGGGUCUGUAUUUGUCUUUUGUCCUCCUCACGUCUGCCUUUUCCCCUCCCAACCGAUCGCGUUGACGAGCCCUGGGCGGGUGGCAGCGCCGUUUCAAAAUGAGGAAACGCAGAUCAAGAGACGGCGCUAAGAAAAUAUCCCCAGAUAUCGCAAGCCGGUUCGAUUGAGCCUGCAGAGGGAAGAAUGUCCCGGUCCUAAAGCAAGGAACGUUGUGGCAUAAUUGGCUUAGGACUCUGCUGCCACAGGGCUGUGGUUGUGGCCAGAAGCACAGAUUAGCUUUCCCCGGCCUGGCGCUGUCCAGAUGUGUUGGGCGGGCGGGCUGAGGGAUUCUGGGAAUUAUAGUCCAACACAUCUGGAUGGAAAGCUAAACUAAAGGAUUAGAUGAAUUCAUGGAGGAUAAGACCUAUUAACGUCUGUUAAAGCAGGAUAGCCAGGCGCAGCACCCCUCUACAAAUCAGAUGCUGGCGACAGAGCCAUCUUCUUCCGCCCCUGCUUGUCGCGUUUCCCAGAAGCCUCCUGUUGGAAACAGGAAGUCAGGUGAGAUGGCCUCCUCUUGACUCGACAUGGCUCUUGUGGUCUCAGCGGCUGCCUGCUGUUCCCUGUUCUGACCCCGUUCGCUGGGAGCUGCAGACCCAGCCAAGCAGAGGGUGAGGCAUGUGGGCACAAACAGGCACCUUCUGGAACAGGUGUGCCCAUGCUGACGCAUACAAAGAGGCGUCGCCAUCCAUGCAAGCAGAUCGCCUUGAUCCGCUCGCCAAGCGGUUUUCGUCAAAAAUAAGAGUAGGGCACAGAGAGACGGUGCAGCAAGGAGAAACUCCCCCCCCCCCCGCGUUUUCCACCCACCCUGAGCGACAGCAGCGUCUUCUGGAGAGCGAGUGGCUUGGGAAAGGAGGAUUGGCUCUCCCGUGCUCCUUUCCCUUCUGCUUCCUUCGCCAAGCCCUGCUUCCCUCCCUGUGGUAUUCCUCCCAAGAUGCUCUCGUAAGCCAGGUCUUGUACCGAAGACUCCUGGGACUGCUCGUAGCCCACUGAUAGGAGGCCCCUGCUGAAAGGAUGACCAUGUCCAAAUGUACAGUAGCUGCGCAUGGCUUGCUGUACAGGGCAGAUGGAAGCACGGGCGUGGGGGGGUGGGCUUGCACAGGCAGAACACUGCACUUCUGGUUGGUUCUUUUUGGCUAGAGGAGGCGUCCCAUCAGCAAGCGCACCUUCCCAGCCUGGUUUGCUGAAUAGCUGGAAAUCUCAGGCGAGAGGGAGGCAUUUUCAGCACAGGGAGUGUCGUGGGUGCUCUUUCGUGCCUCCCCUUUGCCACAGGCACUCAGAAACCCCUGGGCUGUUUUGAUCCCACUCAGGCAUUUGCACUCUGGGGAAAUUCUGCAUUGAGCAGGGGUUGGACUGGAUGGCCUUAGAGGCCCCUUCCAACUCUAUGAUUCUAUGAAAUGUAUUGGGAGGAAAGGGUUCAAUGCUCUGAAAAUGGCCCUCUCCCCAACGUCUCUCUGUUGACCGGAUUGUGCAAUCACGUGGCCUUGGUGACCUUGUUUAGAAAUCACGGGCAUGCCUCGAGGGAUAGAAGGGACUUGGCAGGCGGAAAAACCUUCGGGGCGUGCGGCCUGCACUCACUCCGGGUGGCUGGGUCUCCACUAUGGAUCCCACACCGCAAGGGCACCAAUCCAAGGCUACUUCUCAGUCCCCAUCAGCCAAUUUCAAGUGUUUUCAGGGAGCCAGCACCAACCUGUCCCCGGCUUAGGUUUCAAGGUGAAGUGAGAGAUCGCUUCUGCAGUUACAACUUUGCCGUUGCGGGUUCCGGCUGUAUUAUAGGCAUGAGCAAAUGGCUGGAUAGCAGGUCUGAUUCCAGAGUUUGGCAAACUUCUCUUUUGUUACCGUAGACCAAGUUCGGCACAUAUUUGUACUGCUCUGACAAUAAAGGUCUAUAUUUCAACAAGGA